CACUAAAAAUGCUUUUCUAUUCCUUUUUCAAAUCACUCGUGGGGAAGGACGUUGUGGUGGAGUUGAAAAAUGAUUUAAGCAUUUGCGGAACACUGCACUCGGUAGAUCAGUACCUGAACAUAAAGCUCACAGACAUCAGCGUGACCGAUCCGGAAAAGUAUCCCCAUAUGCUAUCGGUAAAGAAUUGUUUCAUCCGCGGUUCCGUCGUACGGUAUGUGCAGCUGCCCGGCGACGAGGUGGACACGCAACUGCUGCAGGAUGCGGCACGAAAAGAGGCUGUAACUAGCGUACGAUAAGUAAAAACAGUGUGAGAAAUUAUGUAAAUAUCAUGGU